GGCUGGUUCCGGGCUGAGCACAAGUCGAAUCUGCUGACAGGGGUCCUGGGGCCGCGGCUGGGGAAUGAAGGGUCCUGAGGGGGAGCACAGAGCCUCUCUGAGGCUGGGGGCCGCCCCCCCGGAGCCGGGCACCCGAGGCUGAUGACAUGAGCUUGACCCUGUACCUGCUCCUCCUGGGGCCCCUGCGCUGCUCCUUGGCCGCGGCCCCGUGCAAAGAGGAGGAGUAUCCGGUAGGGGCCGAGUGCUGCCCGAAGUGCGGCCCAGGUUACCGGGUGCAGGAGGCCUGCGGGGAGCUGACCGGCACACUGUGUGUCCCCUGCGACCCGGGGACCUACACGGCCCACCUCAAUGGUCUGAGCGAGUGUCUUCAGUGUCGUGUGUGUGACCCAGCCAUGGGCCUGGUGACCAGGCGACAGUGCUCCAGAACAGAGAACACCGUGUGUGUCUGUGACCAGGGCCACUUCUGCGUUAGUGAGUCGGGGGACGACUGUGCGGAGUGCCGUCCCCACACGGCCUGCAGACCUGGCCAGAGGGUACAGCAGAGAGGCACGGAGUGGCAGGACAGGGUGUGUGAGGACUGCCCUCCAGAGACCUUCUCGCCCAGUGGGACCCUGGAGGAGUGCCAGCCCUGGACCAGGGGGACCCGCCAAGGGGAGACUCUUACAGGUCCCGCAGGCCCCGCCGGACGUCACCACAGUGGCUUUGGAGGAGACGGCAUCCGUGUUUCCUGGGAGGGACCAGCCCACCGAUCGCCGGCUCUAGGAGGCAGACGUCUGAGACAUCUCAGGCUGUGCCCGCUCGAAGCCGCCAGGCCCCCGAGGGCAGACUGUGGGCCCUCAGACUCGACGCAGCAGAGGGAUACCGGCCGCCGCUCAGGGGGCUCGGGGACCUCACACGCCUCCCAUCAACUUCGCGGGGGCCCGCCUCCCUGCCACCUGUGCUGUCCACGUGUAGACCCAGCCCUGUGAGGACACUGCCACUCUUGGCUCCAAGCCCCGCUCACUCCCAGCCCCUCUGGGCCUCGGCUAGCUCGUCUGUAGGAUGGGCCUGCCCGCACCUACCUCACAGCUGCGGCGACACUGGAGGGACCACGAAUGUGGCACGACACGUGACUGUCACGUUUGCAAGUGAUUUCUAAAUUGGAGGUGUUUGUUUAACAAAUACAAAAUUUGCUUUUUAAUUUCUCGUUAAAAAGUA